UUAAAAAAUUCUGAAUUGAAGAAUCUUUGUUGUUAUUUUCUUCUUCAGUUUUUUUUGCUGGUAAUGGUGGUCAUCAUGGUCAUUAUCCAUAUAUAUUAUUUAUAGCCAUCGAUGAUGAUUAUUGCAAUAGAAAAGAAAAUUUUGAAUUAUUUUUCACAGAUUUUAGAAGCGAAUAAAAAAAAUUAUUUGCAAUAAAUUAAAAGAUAUUAGUUCUCUGAGAAUGUACCAAAGCGGAUGGUGUUGUUUGAACACAAUGUCAUCAUCUCCAUCAUCCACAACAUCAUCGGCGUUGUCGUCGUCAUUGUUGUUUUUGUUGUUUGAUCCUUUGAUCAUGGCCAUCAUCGUCAUCAUCACGAUGAUCAAUAUCUAUCAGUAGUCGUUGGUUGUAUCGUGUUUCGUUUAGUUUCGUUGUUUUCAUCAUUCUCAUUUGUCAUUCCAUAAAAAUCAUUCAAUCAUUUGUCGGCAUAUUCAACAUUAAUCUGACAUUAUCGUUUCCUUUUUUCUCAAUGACUAUGAUGAUGAUGAUGAUGAUGAUGAUACAACGAUUACCAAGGACUAAUUCAUUGAUUCAAUCGAUUAUUGGGGUUAUGAUAAUAAUCAUAUGUUAUGGAACAAUAACAACAGUAGAAACAUCACGUUAUCUUUUAACGAAAAAACCAGGUUGUUCAGAGGCUGAUCAACGACGUGUGGAUCAAAUUGCAGCAAAAUUCUAUGCUCCAGGGCCAAAUGCACCAUAUUUUCCAACAAAUUAUGCUGAACUACGUCCAUUUUGUCGUGAAAUACGUAAUGUUUCGAAAACAAUUGAAUCAUUUAUGACACGAUGUUUCACAAAAGAGGUGGUUCAAUAUGCCAAGAUUAUUUUCUACACCGUUAAUCGUCAGAUGCGUAAUUAUUGUACAAAACGUUCGAAACGAUUAUCAUCAUUGUUGAAAAUUGCACCAUGUAUUAAUCGUCAUUUACGAACCGAAACUAUUUGUUUGGAUAAUUGGCUGAAAGAUUUCUCACGGAUACCGGAUCUAGAAGUGGAUAAAGAUAAAAUUAUUCAUGGUUGUUGCUUAACAGCUGAUGCUUAUCUUUGUUUCGAUGAUCUGAUUGAAAAAUAUGAAUGUAGCCGUAAAAAUCGUGAAACCAUUUUGGAUUUCAUAACGAAUAUUUCCAGUGAUAUACAAACAGUUUGUGGUGAAUACACUCAUGUAACGGAUGCAUGUGAUACGAAAAAACCAUUGAAAUUUAAACAAAAUUCUAAAUUUAAUUCAACAACAUUAAAAUUGAAUGGAAAAAAUUCAUUGGAUCCAAUUACACGACGACAAAAGGCAUUACGAUUCAAAACACCAAUGUUUGUUUUAAUUGAUUUACUUGAUUCAUUUGUUGAUCCUGAUUCAAUUAUUGGAUAA